UAUAAAAGGUUGUGGAACGGUUCGUCCUGUCGCAGUGCCCCUGAUUCCAUCAGAGGAGAAAUGAGCAAUACUUACGGCAACGCGUACGGCAGCACCGCCUACCGCAAGGUGCUCGGCGACCCUCAGCGCAAUGUCUCGAGGUCAACCGGUUCCAUUGCCUCCGGUAGGUUCCACUCUCGGGUGUGGUCGCGAGGCUCCGCAUCCUCGUCCUAUCGCCGCGGAGGAGUAGCGGGCUACUGCCAAAUUCCUUCCGCCGACAGCCUGGAAUCAUUUGAUGGAGAUGUAAAAUUCCGAAAUGAGAAAGAAAUGUUGCAAGCUCUCAAUGACCGCUUCGCCAGUUACAUUGACACGGUGAGGUACCUCGAGCUCCAAAAUAAGAACCUCGAGACAGAAGCAGUGGCACUGAGGCAAAGCCAAGCCGGUAGGUCGGCUAUCGGAGAACUCUAUGAGCGGGAGAUUGGGGACCUGCGGAGCAUGGUAUUGCAGCUGAGCAACGAGAAAACUCAAGUUAUAUUAGAGCAGGAGCAUAUCGAGGAAGACAUUCAGCACUUGAAGCAAAGGCUGGACGACGAGUCCAGGAACAGGGAGGAAUUGGAAGCAGCAAUCCGAACCAUGACCAAGUAUAUUGAUGAAUCCGGUCUAACCCGCCUGGAGCUGGAUAAGAAGCUUCAGUCGCUUAAUGAGGAUGCUGCAUUUCUCAAGAAAAACCACGAGGAGGAGGUCGCCGACCUACUUUCACAGACCCAGGGAUCCCAGAUGCAAUUCGAGGUGAGGGAUACCUUGAAGGCUGAUGUCUCCAGCGCACUGCGGGAGAUCCGAGCCCAGCUGGAUGGCCAUGCCUCCAAGAGCGCAAUGCAGGCUGAGGAAUGGUUUAAAGUGCGCAUGGAGAAGUUGUCAGAGGCUGCACGCUUCAACAGUGAUGCCAUCCGAAGUGCAAAGGAUGAGAUUGGCGAGUACCUUCGGCAACUACAAUCUCGCACCAUUGAACUGGAGACACUGAAGGGGACCAGGGAUUCACUAGAGAGGCAACGGUGUGAGAUUGAGAACCGCCACCAUGGUGAUGUCUCAUCUCUACAGGAAACCAUCCACCAAAUGGACAAUGAGCUAAAGAACAUAAAGUGGGAGAUGGCUAGCCAGCUGAGGGACUAUCAGGACCUCCUGAAUGUGAAAAUGGCCCUAGAUAUUGAGAUUGCUGCAUAUAGGAAACUGCUUGAGAGUGAGGAGACAAGGUUUACUUCUAACCUCGGUCCAUACUCUUACUUGGACAGCACCACCAAGAUCUCUCAGAUAAAAAUCAAAGCAGAUGAGAUUUCUGACACUGUCAUUCUUGAGGAACAGACAGAUGAAACCCAAGUAACAGAGGAGGUAACAGAAAAUGGAAAGGCUGUAGAGAAGGAGGAAGAUGAAGAGGAGGGUGAGGGAGAAAAGGAGGAAGAUAAAGAGGGGCAGAAAGAACCCAAAUUGGAAGUAGAGAAAGCUGAAGAUGUAGAGGAGACAAAUAAGGAGAGGGAAGAGGAAAAUGGAGGAGAGGAAGAAGAGACAGAGCCUGAGGUGGGUACGAAGUCUUCAGGUGGAGAGGAACAGGCAGACAAGUCCAAACUACCUGCUGGAAAGAAUGCUGCUUCCCGUGAGUCAAAGUCAAUUGCUAAAUCACCACAACCAAAAUCACCUGGAGUUAAGUCCCAGGAGACAAAAUCUCCUACUAAAACACCACAACCAAUAUCACCUGAAUCUAAAUCCCCAACGACAAAGUCUCCAGCUGUAAACUCACCUGAGCCAAAAUCCCCAGUAAAGAAAACCCCUGAAUUGAAAUCCUCCACCAUAAAAUCACCCACACCAAAAUCCCCAACAAGUAAAUCCCCAGAAACCAAGUCUUCUGCUGGAAAAUCACCACAGUCCAAGUCCCCAGGACACACACCUGAGUCCAAAUCUCCUACCCCCAAAUCACCUGUCCAAAAAUCUCCAGAAUCACUUGGAGAUAACAAGUCCAAACCUCCCAGCCCUAAGUCCCCUGUGGAGGACAAACCCAAGCCAGCUGCUGUGAAGGAUGCCACAAAGCCAGGAAAGGAUGGUCAAACUAAAGAGAUGUUACAGCCCUCCAAAGAGGACAAAGACAAGGAGCCAGAUGCUAAGUUAGAAGACAAGCUUGAAAUUAGGACAAAAGAGAAUGUGCCUGUUCAGAAAGUAGAGGAAAAGAUAGAAAAAGGGGGUGUCAGGAAGGACAGCAAGACCGAAGAUUCCCUUAAGAAGGCUGAGAUUCCCAAAACCCCCUCCAAGCCUGCAGAGAAGCCUUCACCCAAGACCACGUCAGAAAAAGUCCCCACCAAAAAGGAAGAGGAGAAGCCAGCCUCUCCUAAACCAGAGGAGAAUGUAGCUAAGACGAAUGAAAAGCCCAAAGCGGAAGUGAAGCCAGCCCAGAAAGAUGUCUCUGAGCAAAAGAAACCUGAACCUAUGAAGGAGAAGCAGCCUCAAAUGGAAGUAAAGAAGGAGAAAGAGGCUCCCAAAGCAGUCACAAAGGAUACCACGAACUCCAAGACAGAGGAAGUUCACAAUUCAUCCAGCACAGACACCAAGAAAACCCAGAUCACAGAUGAGAAAGCGAAGAAGUGAAACUUACAGUAAUGGUUAAUGGCAGGGUAAGGUUUAGGGGGAAUCAAUGAUCAGCCAAGAACACUUAGGAAUUAGGAAUUACAAGUGACCUAAGUAGCCUUUCAAAUUUGGUGGCCAAAGCAAACACAUGAACAAAGUGAGCAAGCAGUAGUGUUUCUUUUGCAUAUAAACUGUGACAAACAAAACACAAUCUCUUAUAUAUAUGAUUAUAGGGAAUGCAGAAUGCUUUAUAUCUGAGGACAGCUCUAACUAUCAAGUGCAUUUUAACAAACAUCCAACUGGCUGGAAAUACAAUGUCAAAAAAGAAACUAUAUCAUAUAAAAAUGGUAGAGAUAAAACAAGACUGUUAUAAUGAAUCUAAUGAAUGUAUAUAAUGAAUAUACAUAAAUAUUAAUAUAUUUACAAAAAUGCAAGGAAUUUACAUAAUUUGCUUGUUAUGCACCUUAUAUACUUUCAUGUUGGUUUUCAAGCAAUGAUGCACUUCCUGUCUGUAGUCUGUAAUGAAUGUUGAUUGAGCAAUGUAUACGCUGCAGAGACCUAGCAAUACAAAUCAAUAAAUAAAGAGCUGAAUAAAGAGCA